AUGUCAUUUACACUUGAAAAGAAAGAGACACAAGCUUAUCUCUACAGAGCCAAAGGAAGUACUCUUUUGGCUGGCGAGGAAGAUCUCAAAAUUGUCUACAAUAAAUACAAGACAAAUUGCCCCUUACCCAAGUCAGAAUCACAGCUUCGAUUCAAUUUGAUUUUUUGUCAUGGAACUGGGUUUAACAAGUCGAUUUGGCACUACCACAUCAAACGAUUGUAUCAAUUGUCGCAAUCAUUACAAGUUCCAUGGUUCUUAGACUCUGUUCUUUCAAUUGAUGCUUUGGGACACGGUGACUCAAGCUUGGCGAAUUAUGGGAAAUUGGGCCCCGUUUUUACUUGGGAUGAUGGAGCAAGAGAUGUUAUUCAAGUUAUGCAGCAUGAAAUUAAGACUACUGGUGAUUUCAAAAACAAUUUGGAAUCAAGAAAUGUUUUGAUUGGGCAUUCUAUGGGUGGAUUUGUUGCAUUGUAUGCGGCAUUCUUGGGCCAAACCUUAUUUGACUCGGUGAUACCAAUUGAAGCAGUCAUUUACGGGAAACCAGAAGGUUUUGAGUUAUUUAAAAAGAUUUUUGGUAAAGUUCAGCAAUUGAUGAUUGAUACGUUUGACUCUGAGGAAGAUGCCAGGUUCUUUUUCGAGCACUUUAACUUUACCAAGAAAUUCAACAAGGAAGUGUUGAAUGAUUAUAUUGGUGACGAAAUCAUCAAAGUUAAGGAUAAAGAAAGUGGAAAUGAUAUAUACAAGAUUAAAUGCUUAAAGCCACAUCAAAUGGCAGGCUACUGUGGAGCAUUCGUUUCAAUUCACAAAGGAAUGUCAGCGUUGCCAUUGAUCAAAGUACCAGUAUUGCAUGUAAUUGGAGAAAAAGCCAAGUGGAACCCACCAGAGAGCAAAGACUGGAUCAGAAACGCGAUUGACCCCAAAUAUUUUGCUGGAGGAGUAGAUGUCAAGGAUGGAGAACAUUUACUUGUAGGUGAGAUGCCCGAUGCUAUUGUUGAUGUUAUCAAGGACUUUUUGAACAAACGAAACUCUGAUUUUAAGAGCGAGGUUGCCGAAAUGCCAGAAACCAAACUUAAAGGUGAUAAAAAAGCUAUAUUUGAUCAAGAAUACGAAGCUUUAUUGAACUUUGAUCUUGAAAAGAUGUACGGAUUUGAACUUUUCACAAGGUAUGAUCUCAUUGGCCAAGUAAAGCUUUGA